AAGGGUCCCCAGGCUCCCUCUCCCCCUUCUUCCAACGCCCGUACUCCUCUCCCUCCUCCUUCCACCACCAAAGCUCCUGUCAAAGUACGAGCACUUCCUCUCCUGUCACCCCUACCCGCCCACCUGAGAAAUUGUGACGGUUCUCCAAAGGGCUAGAAGGAUCUCAGGGCAAGCAUGAGCACGAGCGAGAUCACAAGCGCUGGUAUGUGCGAGAUACAGGAGGUGGAGGAGGAGCCGGGAGCCGCUGAGCCCCGGCAAGCGGUUCCGGCGAGCCCGGGGAAGGCCGUGGAUGGCGACGACGUGUACGUGGCAGUGGGGAAGAGUAGUUCAGGCAUGGAUGCACUCUCAUGGGCGUUGAAGUAUGUCGCCAAGCCUUCGAGCUUCGUCUAUCUUAUACACGUCUUCCCUGAGAUCCAUCAUAUUCCUACUCCAUUAGGAACAUUUCCAAAGCAUCAACUCGGUGAAGAGCAGGUGGAGAGCCACAUGAACCAAGAGAGGACCAAAAGACAAGAAAUGUUACAAAAGUAUCUAAACUUGUGCCAUAGUUCUAAGGUGGAGGUAGAUACGCUUCUCAUUGAGAGUGAUCAGACUGCAAAGGCUAUUGUUGAUCUUAUUCCAGUGCUCAACAUUACAAGGUUGAUCGUGGGUACCACGAAAUCUAAUUUAAGAAGAUGGAGGAGAAACAGCAAAGCAGAACAAAUACAUAAAAAUGCACCUGACUACUGCGAAGUCAAGAUCAUCUGUGACGGGAGAGAAGUUAAACCUCCUUCUCCGGCAACAGUAUCCUCACUAAAUCCUGUUACCACAGACGGCAAGAACAAAGAUAGCGAGCAGAGUCACAGAAACAAGGAUUCAAUACUUUGUACUUGCUUUCCAGGAAAAUCCACAUAGCCAGCUCUCAUGUUUCAUAAAUUGCACCUCUGAUGAUGUUUACCAGCAAAAAAACUAUUGAAAUCAUUCUUUUGGAACACUGUGAUCGUUCGUUUUCAUGAUGGACUGUAACAUAAACUUGAUAAAGUGAAAUUACCAAAGCAUUAUAUGACACUGUUUACAAAGCUAGUCAGCCUGCCUUCAAUAGAUUGAUAGAUCAAAGGUUGUUUUUUUCUUUUUUUUUGUGGAGCAACGUUAUUUUUUGUAGCAACUUAACUUAAAUGCACAUAAAUUCCACACUAUUCCGUGAAAUAGCUCUGCAUGAAGAUUUGAAUGCCCCAUUUUUGUGCCUAAUGAUACUUUCUACCACAAGCACUGUAUUGUUGGCUAGCUAGUUGGUUUAGUGAACUGGGAGAGCUAUCACUAAAUGUUUUGGUAGAAGAGUUAGUCAGCAAGCCUAAAGGCGAGUGCCCUAGA